AUGGAAGAAGCCGGAGAGAUCGCAAGCCCAGCGAUUCCUCAGAAACGCUUUAAGAGAUCUCCUCGAGCCGUAGAAGCAGAAACGAAGGAGACUAUUCUGAGCCCGAGGUUUCGGUCAGCAGCGGCCAUGGCAGGCUGGGAUGAAGAAGCUCUCCUGUUUGCCACCCAAGUCGUGGAGGACACUCCGGUGAGAGAAUCUUCACGCCGAAGGCGUUCUGUAAAUCAACUAAAUUCAUCCACUUCCUCCAGUUCCAAAAGGAAACUGAGAUCUAGACGACAGCCUGCAGAUCCGAUUCCAGUCGUUGUUCUUUGCCUGGAUGAUGAGGUGGACGGAUAUUCUCAUCAAGAAAUUGAGAUGAAAGGAAAAGGGCCAGUGGGCUUCGCACCUAAUGAAGAAAAGAAAGAAGAUAUAGGAGGAGGAGAAGAGACCUUGGCUAAAAUCAACUAUAAAGAAGGGCUUCCAUGCAUGGAUAGGCUAAGGGAGGAACUCUCCUGCGCUAUUUGUUUGGAGAUUUGUUAUGAACCGAGCACCACUUCUUGUGGUCACAGUUUUUGCAAGAAAUGCUUGAAAUGUGCUGCUGAUAAAUGCGGAAAGAAAUGCCCAAAGUGUAGGCAACUUAUAAGCAAUACUAGAACAUGCACAGUGAACACAGUUCUCUGGAACACCAUUCAACUCUUAUUUCCUAACGAAGUGGAGCCGAGGAAGAAGGCGGCCAUCGAAUCUUCUUUAAGAGAGGAGGUUUCUACCCAGGGCUUGGAACUUGAAAGAAUUCGAAGGCACACUAGAAGCAGAACUUCACACAGCUCAACAAGUAGUUUCAGAAGCGCAAUGGAACUUCUUCGAACAGUUGGUGGUGAUAGGAAUAUUAUAGGAAGGUUGAAUCCAAAUCAAUCUGAGGAUGUUGCAUUGGCUCUUAGGUUGCAAAGGGAAGAAUUUUUAGAAACAUUUUCAAGUGGGCAGCAGAGGAACUCUCUUUAUACUACAAGAGCAAGGUUGAGAUCCAUGGCCUUAGGAGUCAACAGAAUGAGAAACAGAAGCCAGCAUUCCUAG